AUAUUGCAAUUAUGCUAAUUUUUUUAGAAUAUGGAUGAUGAUCCAGUGCAGAUAAGUUUUGCUAAAAAUGGACAACAUGAAGGUGUAGCAUUUGAAAUAACCAAAGAAGAAUUAGAAGAUCAAGCACUAUAUCCACACAUUCUUACCAAAAAUUGUUCCUUUGAAGUUAAUUUUGGACAAAAUGAAGAACCUUAUUUUCCUUUACCUGAGGGGUAUGAGGAUUACCGAUUUAUCAGCACAGUUCCAUUAGAAGAACGUGAAAGAGGAGUAAAGCCACCAGAAAAGCGAGAGGAUUGUGAGAUAAUCAUGAUGUGUGGACUUCCUGCAAGUGGUAAAACUACUUGGGCUCUAAAAUAUGCUGCUGAAAAUCCAGAGAAAAAAUAUAACAUUCUUGGCACUAAUAGCAUUAUAGACAAAAUGAAAGUAAUGGGACUUCCAAGAAAGAAAAAUUAUUCUGGAAGAUGGGAUGUUUUAAUUGAAAAGUCUACUAGAAGUUUAAAUAAAUUACUUGACUUGGGAGCUAGAACACUUCGCAAUUUUAUUUUAGACCAGACCAAUGUGUACGCCUCUGCACAGAGAAGAAAAAUGCGCCCUUUUGAAGGUUUCAAGCGCAAAGCUGUUGUCAUUGUACCAACAGAUGAGGAGUUCAAACGGAGAUGUGAAAAACAAGAAAAGGACGAAGGCAAAGAUGUGCCUGACCAUGCGGUUAUGGAGAUGAAAGCAAACUUCACUCUUCCACAACCAGAAACUGUGUUUGAUGAAAUAAUAUAUGCUGAGUUACCUGCUGAGGAAGCUGAACCUUUAAUUCGAAAAUAUAACGAGGAAGGACGCAAGGCAGCACCACCUCAUAAACGCUUCCGUCCGAAUGAUAGAUCUCGAGGCCCUCCACCUCGUGGCCCUCCAGGUCGUCGUGGAGGUUAUGGUGGUGGCAAUCCUGGAUGGGGUUCUAGACCCUCUGGUUCUGGAGGCUAUAGGGGACCACCACCUGGUGGUCGGGGUGGAGCAAUUCCAUUAAGAGUGAGUGAAAACAGAAGUAGUAGAAAUAAAAAAGGUAUGUAUGGUGGCCCUAGACCUCGUGGCCCUCCUGGUGGACAUAGAGGUCAUCCCCGGGGUCCUCCUGGUGGUGGCAGUGGCAACAGACAAAGACGUGGUGGCUCGGGUUAUAAUUAUAAUCAAGGACAGUGGAACCAAGGACAAUGGAAAUCUGGUGGCAAUUAUUAUAAUCAACAAGGUUAUGGCAGUUCAUAUCCUUAUCAUCAACAGUGGAGUCAACAACCGUAUUAUCAACAGAAUCAAGGAUAUGGUCAAGGAUAUUAUAAUCAAGGAUAUUAUCAUCAGGGUUAUGGUGGAUAUGGACAGAAAUAAAUUACAUUUUUAAUUGCUUAUCAUCUUUUCAUUUUAUCAUUGACAACUGCCAAACAAAAUUAUUCCUGUCAAAUAAAAAUUAUAUUGACAGAUUUGAAAUUUGUUUGUAGUCAUGUAAAAUUGAUAUAAAAUUAAAUAUAAUAUGCUUUUAGUAUUAAUAGUUAAAUAAUCAUUUUUAUGGUGCUGUCUCUUUUGUGGUGUCAUACAGCCUCAAUCUUUCUUAAAAUUGUGCUUGAACAAAUCAGUUUUGACAGUUUAACUAUUAAAUGUUUAAAUAGUGUAUUCUUAUUUUGCAAAUGCACACAGGCUGUUUUUUUUUUUUUAAAUUUUAUGAAUGUCUAUUCACCCAUUGAUUUAUAUACAUCAAUUUUGUUUGUAUAUAUAUUAUAUAUAUAUAAUUUUAUAUAGUAGGUCAUGUUUUGCAUCAUAAUGGCAGUGUGAUAAAAAAAAAACUGAAAAUAAAAAGCAGUCUUAACAUGUAUGUAAAACUAUAUUUCAAUUUGAAUUAGAUUAAAUAGUUAAAAAAAAGCCAUCACAUCUGUGUAUUUUGCAUCAUUAUGAUAUUCUAACCAAAUCAUUGAAUAAU